GUGUUAUCUGCAUCCCAUCUCCCCGCGCCCCUCCCCCUCCCGCACCUCCUCCUCCUCCUCGGGAUGAUGAUUAGAAGUGGGGCAGGCGCUGAGGGCUCUGGUUACUAGGAUGGAGUUACUGCUGUGCCCUGUGUAAAGUUUAACCCAAGUCUUAUCUGCCCGUUGUGACCGUGCACUGUCCCCCCUCUGCUCCUCACACAGGCCCCGGGACCCCCGCACCUGGACCAUGUGGAAGCUGAACAAAAGCAAGGUUCUCAUAGAAGACACACCUGAUGAAGAAGCAGCGCAGGCUCAGCCAGAAGCCCAGGUCCAGGGUGCCAGCUUUCGAGGCUGGAAGGAGGUGACCUCCAUAUUUAACAAAGAUGAUGAACAGCAACUGCUGAAAGGAUCAAAGUCUCCAAAAUCAAAAGUAGCUUCUGUGAAGACAAAAGAUGAAGUAAAAACAGAGAAGAAAUCUGGCUUUUGGGACAGUUUGGCAAUUAAACAAAAUAUUCAACCAAAGAAAGCUGAUGAGAUUGAGGGCUGGGAGCCGCCACAAAUUAUGGUUGAAGACCCCCCGUCCUUUGCAGAAGACCCUUUAGAUGACAACCACUCUUGGCAAGGCUGGGAAGAAGAAGGCCAAGGAUCCUCCAAGUAUACAAAUUUGGCUAGUUCUGGAAACAGUUCUAGGUGGAGUAUUAAGUCAGCCGGCAAACUAGUUAGUAUUAGACGGCGGAGCAAAGGCAACCUCACCGAAAAUUGGGAAGAGUUAGAAUGACAUAGCUAGAAAUCUCUCAAUAUGCAAUAUCUUUACACAAGUUUCAUAGAUUUCAUGUCAUUUUAUACCAAAAUAUCCUAAGUAUUGUAUAUCUAUGUACUUUUAUAUUUAAAGGCAUUGGACACCUUCGGGGGCAUUUUUUAUGAUAGAAUUCUACAUGCUUUAGGCUAAAAAUCUUUUUUUCAGUUUGGUCUUUGUUACAAAUUUUUGGUUGUUUCUGAGAAACAAGGGUUAAAAAUCAGUCUGUUUUGCAAGCUUUUCUUUGAAUCCCGUCAACUCACGGCUCUUGUCUUGCUCAUAUGUCUGUCCUCAAACACUUAUCUAAGCCAUAUUCUUAUCAGUUUGAUAAGAAUUGAGCUACAAUGAGUGUUUGUGAGGUCAGAAGAUCAGAGAUAAGAGCUACACAUGAGCUGUCAGUUGACAGCAUUCAAAGAAAACAGACUGUAACGGCUUGCAAAACAGACAGAUUUUUAUCCCUUAACGGAUGAACAUUUUUAAUAAAGACCAAUUUAAAAAAUUAUUUUUCGCCUAAAACUAGUAAAAUGCUAUCAUAAAAAAUAAAAAAAAUGCCCCUGGAGGUGUCCAUACCCUUUAAAUGAGUCCUACCAAAAUAAAUUUGCACUCGUAAUCUGUUUUAUUUGUAUUAGAACAUUGUCUAAAAUGCUCACUUUUCCUUCAUG